AUGACAGAGUACGCACUCAGCAAAGGCGACAUCGUAGUAGCGACCCUCCGCAAACCACAAGUCCUUUCCGACCUCGCAGCUCUAUACUCAGCAGACAAGCUCCUCGUACUCAAAGUCGAUGUCACGAAGCAAGAAGAUAUCGACGAAGCGUUCGCGCGCACGCGUUCGGCGUUUGGACGGCUAGAUGUAGUGUUCAACAAUGCCGGAUGUGGACUUUUCAGCGAAAUCGAAGGCACACCGGAUGAUCAAGCACGUGGGAUUUUCGAGACAAAUUUUUGGGGCGCGACGAAUGGGGGGAUAAUCCUUCAAGUUAGUUCGGUAGGUGGGUUUCAUGCGCUUCCCGCAAUGGCGCUGGAGGGGUUCUCAGAUGGUCUCGCAAAAGAGCUGCCGGCUUCCUGGAACAUAAAUGCACCAUUCCACACAAAAGGAAUCGAUGGGGCAACGCUGUUACCGCAGCACCCAGCAUACGCCGACGAGUCCUUUCCGACUUCCGUGCUGCGUCAGAUGCUAAAGGAUGUUGUUUUGGAAGGAGAUACGGUCAAGUUCACACGGACUGUGUAUGAGGUCGUACAGGGAGGAAAGAUACCGAAGCGGUUGCCUAUGGGUUUGGAUGCUCUUGAGAUGCUGAAUCUUAGGAUCGAUGAUUUAAAGGCAACUGUGGACGAGACGAAGGGAUGGUCAGUGGAUUUGAGGAGAGCUGAUGGGGGACUCAGAAUAGGCUACGUGCCUAAAGCUGUAACAGGCGAGCACACGUGAGGGGAGAAAGAGCUAGAAUGAGAAUGUAAUGCUCGUUUCUCAGUAUCUG